AUGAACUUGGAGAUAAAGAAGCACAUGAAAAGCCUAUGCGGGGAGUCCAGCCUUGGAGUCCAAGCUUUUAUGGUGGACGAAAGAUAUCUUUGCCUCCUCUUUAAUAGAGAGGUGCUUCUGGCAGGUGUGUCGCUGCAAAAGAUUGGAGAUCGUGUUUACAUAAAGAACAUCGACACAACCGGAUAUGAAAGAGGACAUACUAAAAGGUUUAUAAUAUCGGUUCUUAAGGCUCUCUCGCCCAAGAUUUCUUGCUGCUUUAGUACUCCGAAAAGGGAGUAUAUAUUUAAUGGUAGCUCUUCAAACAAGGAAAAAAGGAUUCUGAGCCCAGGAAAUCUGUUGGAAUACUGGGUGGGGAUAUUCGAAAAUCUCUACAGUAAUGUGUAUGUGUGGUCCAACCACUACGAGAACAUUUCCUAUCCAUUUAAAUCCAUGGAUGAAGUGGUGUGCUUUGAGGACGAUCCCAAGGAGAAGUUGAAGAAGCACUUCAAAGGAGGUCUCAAGGAGAUGUUUACAGCACUACUAUGUAGGCCUGACUUCACCAACGGGUCAUUGGUGUAUGGACAGUCAUGGAAGAAUGGCAGGGCUGGAGAAGUAGAAGCUACAGUAGGAGAUGUAGGCGAAAUGGAAGCCAUGCUAAGGUCAUUGGACUUCUCCACCAUCUCCAAAGCAAGGAAGUCUACAAAGGAGUUUAUAUGCAGAUUUGGAUUGUCGAUAGAGUAUUUCCAAGCCCAGAGAACUUUGGAACCCAAGAAGCACGAACAUGCCUACACUGUCCUGAAACCAAUAAAAAAAGUAUAA